CUGGUACGGAAUAUAGCAGCUGAUUUGUGCGGAUGACCAUCUUCUACGCGGAUGAUGUGUCGAAUGGAGAGGGAAUCCGUGUAUGUUUCAAACUUUUGAAAAGGUGGAAGGGCAGCUUGUACAAACUUCUCUGGAUGGAUCUCCUUGUUUAUUUGUUGCUGUAUUAUGGUCUUAAUUUAUCCUACCGGUUUGCGAUGGGCGAAAGCCAAAAAGAAACAUUCGAAAAAAUCGUCCAGCACUGCCAAAGUGCAAUUCGGGAUAUUCCCAUUUCCUUUCUACUUGGAUUCUUUGUCUCUGGAAUCGUCUCAAGAUGGUUUCUCAUUUUUCCGAGUAUCCCAUGGUUGAAUCAAGUAUCUAUGACAAUUGUGUCACACUUGGACUCGAAGGAUGAAAUGAUGUGCAGAAACAUUCGCAUCACGUUAGCGCGUUAUCUCAAUCUGUCCUGGAUUCUUUUGAUGCGUACCCUAUCUGACCAAGCGGCAAAUCGAUUUCCAGAUAAAGAAGAGGUUCAACAACUUAUCCGACGGCCACCCUUGGUGUGGAUAAAAACAAGAAAGACUCGCCUCAACAGAAACAUUCAGCAGCCAUGGACCGGAGGAGGGGCAGGAAAACCAAAAAUAACCCCCUCUUUGUCUCCAGUGGUACCUACUACGUAUUUACUUGCCGACGAUUCAACUGGCGACCGACAAAACGUUCGUUAUAGUGCAACUCCCGUCUCGACUCCUUGUUCCACAGAGGCUGGGAAGUUCGAAUAUAUGCAUUCGUUUCACGCCUACGACGACCAAGUACUCACAAACACUUUGAGAGCUUUUAAUGAUGACACAAAAGUCAAGCAAACAUUUGGUAUCCUGAUCACUGAAAACGAGAUCGCUGCGUUUCAGAACAUCGCAAGUGACUUUUACAGACGAAACAAAACCAAAUAUGUUCCAGAGUACUGGAUACCAAUCCAGUGGGCACAGCGCCUCACCCUCAAAUCAUUGCAGAAGGGAUAUAUUUUUGAAUUAAAGAGAGCAAACGAAAUUUUAAAGGAACUGAUGCGAUUCCGGGACAAACUACAAUAUGUACAGUUGCUCAGCAGCAUCGUAAUACCUCUGGCUUAUACACAGGUGGUAACCAUUGCGGUAUACAGUUAUUUCCUCUGCCAGAUCUUUGCAUCUCAGUUUGUUGAACAUAAUGAUGAUGCUCACGGAAGAAUCGACCUCUAUGUGCCAGUAUUCAACAUUUUUUCCUUCAUAUUCUUGAUGGGUUGGUAUAAAGUGGCCUUGUGCGUGGUCAAUCCAUUUGGUGAUGAUGAUGAGGAUUUUCAAAUCAACGACAUAUUAGAUUACAACCUAGAAGUAAGCUAUCGCACAGUGGACGUUCCCAGUUUCGCGUUUCCUGAUCGUUUAUCGUUUCCGUUGAGGAAAGAAGGAGAUGAUAGUUCACACAUCGAAGAACUGAAUGGUUUCAUGGAAUGUGUAUUUGAUGAAGCUCAGGGUAACGAAGCCAAGACAGAACUCCAGACAAAGUGCGUACAACGGGAGCGACAGGGAACGAAAUACAGGCCCAUGGUUUGUUGUUGCACAAAAUCGAACGCUGUUUUCGAAACUGAUCCGGCUACCAUUGUUUGAUGGCUUAAAACGCCAUGUUAAUUGCAGUGUUACUCAUCGUCUUCACGGUACAACUACACAGUUAUCGAGAAAGUUGAAUAUAUUUCC